CACCACUGCCCUGCGUACCAUGGAUAGCCUCAAGUUCGACGAGUUUCUCCAUGCCGGCGAGCCCGGCGCGAUAUCCGUAGCCACGGCAUGUGCCCGUCUUCAGAAGCUUCUUACCACGGAACUAUCCACCCCGUUGCACAUGCACUCCGUGGACAGUCGGCGCAAAUUUUUCUCGUUCUUUCCCCGUUUCUUGGAUCGAGUAUUUGGCGAAGAUUUACAGACCAAGAAUAACGCGGCAUGGAUAGCUGCAACUCCAUCAAGCAAUGGACAGCUAGGUGAAUCGUCGCCGGGCAGCCAUACAUCGUCACGUCCGACGUCUCCUCGCGCAAGUCAAGGUUCAAACGCUCACUUGGGAGAAGAAGGACAGGCGGUAGUUGAGCUAUUCCAGAAGUCAUUAUUCGACUUCGUCUUCAACAUCUCGCACGCCGUUCGAUUCCGCCUGGACUUGACGCUGCUUCCUCUACCAGUUCAGGUCGAAAUGCGCAACACUGGCACGGUCACGCCGCUGUAUGCCAAGCUGUUUUCGUCCCCGAGUCUGAGUGUAAACGGCAAAAACCAGUGUUUCAUGGUGCCCAUCCAAAGCUACUUCCUCUUUAGCUUCCUUCGGUAUCCCGUGUCCACAUCAAAGCUCAAGCGACCGACGGCAGUCUCCACAGGCAACUUAUCAACAUCCCCAUCGUCGUCACGUCAGGCUUUGUCAACCUCAUCCAACAAUUACUGGUGGCGCUCGUCAUUUCCGACGGAAGGCAUUGAGUCCCUCACGCGACGCCACGCCUACAACGUCCUCCUGCUGGCGUAUCUCGAUGCCUUUCUUCCCCACGGCCCGGAGAAACUCUCUUUCAAAAGCGGUCGGAAGCAGUCGAUGGAGCUGUUCUUGAACCUCCUCGUCGAAGUCUGGCUGCACCAGAAUCAAGUCACGUAUGGCUCGACCGACGCGAUCCAGCACCACCCGCUCACACUCGUCAAGGCAGUGGAUCAGCUCACGCCUCACACGGACGAUCUCCUGUGCAGCCUCCUUCUCACCGUGGUCCACGUGCUGGCGGAUCCACACAUUCCGCUGCUCGUCCAUCCCAGCACCCACGUUGUGCUCAAGACGUUGCAAAAGCCUCUCUACGAUUUCUUCCAAAUCGGGUUUGCCAGGUCCACCCCCGCGUCGAACCCGACGUCCUUUUGCAUGUUGGUCGAUGUGUUGCUGGCGUACCUGCAGCCGUGGCAGUGCGUCCACUGGGCGUCCAAAGCCACACCGUCCCCCACGUCGACGUACUCGUCCGCGUACGCGAUCUACGUCCUGGCCAACUACCACUUCUAUACGACACUGUUUGGGGUAUUCAUCGUGAAUGCCCGCGAAUUGGAAUGGGACAUCGCGACCGGACAAAUGCUCGAACGUGCGUUGAGCAUUUACACGCCCGAGUUGCUCGCGCUGCUGUCGCAAGCCCACGCAUUCUUGGCCAGCCAGUCCACGUCACCUCCUGCAGCUUCAUCGACAUCCCCUCCUUCGACACUCUCGGCCGCCGAGAGCAAUGUGCUCAUUCGCCACUUGUCUGAAUUCGGCCUCACGGCGUACCCCGUGUCACUGUCGCAAGACUUUCGCCGCAAUGCGGAACACGUUCUCGACAAACUCCAAUACGCCCGCGAUUCCCAUCCAAAGCAGUCCACGGGACUGUUUCUGUCGUCCGUGUUCUCCAAUUCCUCGUCGGUGUCCCCGUCGGCGACGUCGCCGUCGGCUUCCGACACUUCGUUUGACGCGACGCUGGACCGCGCAUCGACCCGCCUCCGCAUUGUGUUUGACAUUCCGACGACGUAUGUCGUGCCAGCUUCGUCGUUCCAGACGCCAUUGGUGAGUUCGUUUUCACUCGCAGCGCUCGACGCAGCUCGGGAUGAACAGAACCAGCUGACGCCGGAAGGACGAGCGCAAAUUCGCCAUGGCAAACGACUCAGCUCCGUCGACACGGCGGUGCAGUAUCGCGGCGACCCCAUGUUCAAGCCGAUCAGUUCGUACGAAAUCCCGUCGUUGGUCCGCUUCUGGUGCAAAGUGUCGGUGGCCGUCAACACGAUGCUGGAACUGCACCAACCCAACACUGACUCGAGCGAAGGCUUUUGUGUGAACCUGCGUUUCCUAGCCGCCAAGAGCAAUGUGCUAUGGCUCACCAUUGCGAUCGCCCUCACGUACGCGCUGCUUUGGUAGACGUUGCGGGGUCCUGCCAUUUUGCCACACCGUACAAUCUCCAUCGGUUUAUUUAACAAAACGCACGACACCUCUCGUUUUUGUUGAUGAGGGAUGAAAGGCAACACCUUUGGCA